ACCGUCCCCAUGGUAACCUCAUACACACUCGGUCUUCGCCGUCUCUGUCUGUGGGAGAUUUGUUCGACAGUAAAAGUCGUUUAACGAUUAAAAUAAGAAAAUGAGCGAGUCUGUGACUCACACAGUUCACCGAAGACAUAAAGCAACCAAGGUUGUUAAUCGACAGCGGGCUUAUGACCACCUUUACGAUCCAGUUUACACAGUGUCAUCGGAGGUAGACCAUGUCAGGUCCAGCCUAAAGGCCCAUGCCUCGAAGGACCUAAGGAGAGUACCUGAAUUUGGGUCAAUGUUCAGUAACCUGCCUCACCACCCGCGGUAUACUAUUAAACUGGACUCCUCUGACCCUGUACCACCCACUAUUGAUCGUCGCUGGCGGGGCCACACGGAACAGCGCAGAGGAGCACUGCAGCAGCUGGCUGGGGUAAUUCCAAAUACGCGGGUGUGGCUGCAGAGCGAGGAUUGCCAUGUGACCGGAGCAGACCGCUGGAAAUAUUUCCAACGCCCUCUGGUUCCCUUCUCACAGCAUGUCCCCCCAGAUUUCUUUCGUGCUUUGCCAAAAGAUGAUUUUGAACCUACAUGUGGAAAAAAUGCAGAGAAACAGCCUACUCACUUCACUGUGGGGGUCCAGACGGACUACAGAGAAAGCGAAACACAGACUGACCCCUACAGCCCAGAGUAUGUGGUGCAACCAGGGACAACACCUUCAGAGCUUCUGCAACUGGCAACUUUGUCUUGGGAGCGAGGUCUGCCUGCAGGCCGAGCAGAGGUGGAAAUGAUACAGCGGGCUCGUUCCAGACGAGCUUGGGAAGCCACCCUUCCGCCAUUAGAUGACCUCAGUCAGCUGGACAAAAGGAGACGUAUGAUGGAGGAGAUGGAGGUCGAAGAGUGGGCUUUCAGAGAAGGAGAAAUCCAGAAGUUGCAGGAGGCUCGUCUUGCUGUGCUGAAGGACCUCUUGAGGCAGAGAGAUGAAACCCAGAAGAGAGUUACAAGUGAAAGAAUUGACCAGAUAUAUUACAGACACCUAAAAGACAAUGAUACUAGGAUGAAUAAGAUACAGAAUGACUACCUCAGGUCUCUCAGAAAAUUAGAGGCAAAGAGAAGAAAUCUUCAAGCAAGGAGAGAGCAACGUGUCACUUUAAAAAACGACUCAAGUUCUCGGGCAUAUGCUUCUCAUACCUCCAGAGACACCAACAAAAAUGCAUUAAAAAGCCACUACUUGGACACAUAUGAAGGCUUGCAAAAGCUAGAAGCAGGACUCUCUGCUUCAGUUCUCAAGCCACAGGUCAUAAAACCCAAACCCCAAGUCAAACCCGUAAAGGAAGUGGUCAAGGCCCCUGUGAGCAGAGCAGUACAGUUGAUGACGAAAUACAAGAUGCUGAGAGAGGAGCAAAAGCAAGAGAGGGCGGCUCUGCGUUUUCAACUGAGGAAGGAGAAACCUGUUCCUCGUCCCAUCACCCCUAAAGUGGAGGAGCCACCAGAGGGGGAUGAAGAGACAGAGCUUGCAGUCAUCCAUUUGCAGAAACUACUGAGAGGAAGAAGUGUCCAGUUUGAGAUGUUUACAGGUAAAGAGAACCACCUCAAUCUCAUCCAGGAACUGAGAACUGUCCAUGCCCUCCAGGCAGAGAAGCAGGAGUUACAGAAAGCUGACAAAGAGCUCAUACUCUCAGAGAAAAAGCAAAGAGAGAAACUCAGACACAAGACUUCUCAAGUGUUUGCGUCUCAGGCCGCAGCAGUGGGUGCAGAGCUUGAACACCUCUUCAACACCUUGUCUAAGGACUUGAUUCAUCUCCAGGAGGAACGACAGAUCCAUGCCUUCACGCUACUGGCUGAGAGAGACCGUCGGCAGAGAGAAGCAGAGGAGAGCGGGAGGAGGCAGGCGGAAGAGCGAAGACGCAGGGAAGAAGAUGAGAUCUUCAGACAGGUGGUGCAGGUGCACCAGGAAACUCUGGAUUUGUACUUGGAGGACAUCAUUUUAGAGACCUUGGAGCAGACAGCUGACCAGCAAGCCAGAGAGGAGAUCCACAAGAGGGCAAAGGAGGUCAAUGAUAUUGCUUAUGCCGUGGAGGAAAGCGUCAACAGUCUUCAGUCUGAGGAGAUUGUGUCAGAGCUGGUGUACAGUUUCCUUAUCCCAGAGGUUGAGAAGAUCACCGUCAGACAAAGAGUGCACCAGAGGCAGCUUAGACACUUGCAGGCAGCCCGGAGUAUCAUCCAAGGUCCUGCAGAGCACUCUGGGUUCCUCCCUAGUAUUCAGGAGGCCUCUUUGUUGACCUGUCCUUCUGAAAGGGCCUCAAACCAAAUUCUUGAGGGGAUGAUCCACCAAGUUGAACCAGAGCAGAGAGAGGAAGAGAAGUAACACCACACAACAACUAUAGGAAAUACAAAUGUGUUCAAGAUGAAGUCCGAUGUCUAAAAUGACUCUUCUCUCCUUUGAUUGAAAUACAACAUUUAAUUUCAGCAUUAUUUCAUUUAAAUGGGGUAUGAUUUGUCAAUUUUAAGGAACUUAAUACAGCGCAAUGAGUGCAUCAUUUUUCGUUCUCCACAUUGGUACCGUAAUUACACUAAUAGAGGCACAUCUGCAGACGCUUCUAGCAGGGUUUUGCAAUCGUCCCACCUAAAUUUAGUGAAAGUCCCUGACAUGUUGGACUUUCGGGUACAAAGGAAAAUCACCAACAUGUCAUUGCUUGUCAUCAGGAAAACUUAUAGAAUUGCUAACAGUACCAGACAGGAGAGGUGAGAUGCAACAGAAUGAAAACAGUAAAACAUAUCUAGAAUUGUUCUUAAAGAAGGGGUAUAAUGUUUUGUUUUAGACUUUUUCUGUCCCUCUAAUAGUGUUUUAGAAGCUUUACAUGUUUAAACUUCUUAUUUUAUCUCAGGCAGGUGUUGUAUUAUUUAAGGUUGAUAUUUUUGAGUGUUCCGUCAUGGUUGUUGUGGAUAGUCAUUGUCUUUUGCAAGCUACCUAAUGUGAAAUCCACUAUUCCCUGGGGUCCUUUCAUGCGGUUGUGCAUUGGUUAAAGACAACAAAUGUCAGUACUAACACUAAAUAAACAUGGCUGAUUGUGGUUUCA